AUGACUACCGAAAGCAUUCACGAAACUGCUGCAGUAGAGUACCAGCCCGAACAGAUAAAGAAAGGACAACUUACAGAAGCGAUUCUUUUGUCACAGGCCUUACCCUUAGGCUCACCUUAUACACCGACUAGCCCACUGUACGCACCGACCCAAUUGAGCGAUGAAUCGGACAAGCAACCUUCAUUAAAUGAAACGCUAGACGAGAAGUCAGCAUCCACAACUUCCCAAGAGAAUGCUGCGGGCAGCAUUUCUUCCGGUGGUACCAUCACCACUGAUAGCAGUCAGCCCACUACAAUUGCCGAAUCAGCAAACAGUAUGGCAUCAGUGGAUGAAAAGCCUACUCCACAAGCGAAUAAUGAUGUCCAUAAGUCACCUUUGAUGAUUAGAACUUUUAUGGCAGACACAUUGCAGAAAGACUUUUCGCAGUUGGCUGAUAUUUGCAAUUCAGUUGAACAAAGAAUGAGUGCCAUUCCGGAGCUAGCAAGUAUAACCACUAGGACCGAACAACGGGAGCAGACAGACGAGCCAUUGCAAGCUUACAACGACGUAGGUCUCGAAAAGCUCAAACAUAGAGAUGCAAAAAUCGCCGAUAAGGGAGCAAAGACAAAAGCAAAGGGUACUUUUUUAAAGAAAAUCGCCAAAUUUGUCAAGUUUGAGAGAGAAAAGACAGUGAAUAUUGCAGAACAACGUCAAUCAAUACUCGAACGUACCUAUCAAGAGGUCUACAGCGGCAGCGGACUCUUUGAUGACUACCAAUCUUCCAAACAGUCAAGCCCUUCUCAAAAUUCUUCGAGUGUUACAAUGGCCGAGCCAGUAUCCGCCAAGGAUGAAGAUGAAGACCUUGACCCUGACAAAAAUACACCCAUCUAUCGAAAAUAUAUCGCCACUGCUAUCUUGUAUAACUUGUCAAAGACAGAACCUCCUGUACCAUAUAUGCGUCCUGAAGCUGGCUCUAAGACACAUGAAUUUGAAAGCUUCUGUGAUGAUAUUUUUUUUGGGACCACUUAA